AACGAAAUCAAUGAAAAAGGCCUCUCAACAGCCACCUUUUCUCUAAUUACAAAAGCAAAAGGGGAAAAAAAAUAAAGAGAGAGAGAGAGAGAGAGAUGGAGGGAGAGGUUGCACCUUCUCUUUCCUUAUCAGGCACACCGCACUCCACUACUUCCCAUCCAAAUGAAAGCAAGCAAUACUUCUUUCUUUCCUCUCCCUGCUUUUUCUUAUUCUUCAAGUACCUCCCUCUCUCUCUCUACCCCUCUUGUUGAGAAAUCCAGGUUGGUGGAAGAUGGUGGUGUUGGCUAUUCUACAAAUAUAACUUCACUUGAUCCAUACGUAGUCCUGGGAGGAGUUACAUACCACAUUGAUCUCUCAUACUUAUCUUUCCCCCUUUUCCUCCUUUUCUCCGAGUAGGAAUUGGUGAUUGAUGUUGGUUUGGACAAAAUGAUGCUUUGAUAUGAUUUCCUCAGUUUGUUGAGCAUUUUGUGGCAAAAGUUUUUCUUUUCCAACUGAUUUUCAGCAUAUCCGGGAAUUGAUCAACUCCACUUGGCUACUCUGUUUCCUGCAAAAUAAUCCAUCUAGCUGAUUCUGAAAUUGGUAACUGGAUCUACUUGAAGAAAAGCCAUUAUGCCCUUCGGGUUGGUUUCAGCAUGGAACAAGCGCCGACGAAGCAAAUCCCAGGAUCAUGUUGACCCCUGGAUAUAUAAACCUAUGGAAUAUUGGCAACUUAAUGAUCAGACUCCAUCAACAAAAAGACGCCAGGCAUCAGCAGUUUUCACACUAAAAGAGAUGGAGGCAGCAACAUGCUCUUUCAGUGAUGAGAAUUUGGUGGGUAAAGGAGGAUUUGGACGUGUGUACAAGGGCACUCUGCGGUCCGGAGAGGUUGUGGCGAUCAAGAAAAUGGAGCUUCCACCAGUUAAAGAAGCCGAGGGGGAGCGGGAGUUCCGGGUGGAGGUUGACAUCCUAAGCAGACUCAACCACCCAAAUCUGGUUUCCUUAAUAGGCUAUUGUGCGGAUGGAAAACACCGGUUUCUAGUAUAUGAAUACAUGCACAAUGGCAACCUGCAAGAUCACUUGAAUGGACUUAGGGAAGCAAAGAUGGAUUGGCCUUCAAGGAUAAAAGUGGCACUUGGAGCUGCAAGAGGACUCACUUAUCUCCAUUCUAGUUCUUCUGUUGGGAUUCCAAUUGUUCAUAGAGAUUUUAAAUCAACCAACAUACUUUUAGAUGCCAAUUUUGAAGCAAAGAUAUCAGACUUUGGGCUUGCCAAAUUGAUGCCAGAAGGGCAAGAUACAUAUGUCACUGCCAGGGUGCUUGGCACUUUUGGCUACUUCGAUCCCGAGUACACAUCGACAGGGAAACUCACUUUACAAAGUGACGUUUAUGCAUUUGGGGUGGUUCUUCUUGAGCUUUUGACCGGACGUAGAGCUGUGGACUUGAACCAGGGACCCACAGACCAAAACCUUGUCCUACAGGUUAGGCAUAUACUGAAUGAUCGAAAGAAGUUUCGAAAAGUUUUAGAUCCAGAACUGAACCGGAAUUCAUACACCGUAGAAUCUAUAGCCAUGUUUGCAAAUUUGGCAUCACGCUGUGUUCGUGCUGAAAGUAGUGAAAGACCCUCAAUGGCAGAAUGUGUAAGGGAACUCCAACAGAUUUCCUACACAAAUUCAAGAGGCUUGGGUAUGGGCAUGCCAACAUUCAGAAUAGUCUAAAGAUACCAGAAUGAAACUGUUAUAUAUAAAAAAUAAAAAAGUUACAUUUACUUCCAUUCAAUAUAUUCUUGAAACUAGGAAAGAUGUGGGGUCAGAUAUGAGCUCAGUAGUGUGACAGAACGGUUUGACAAGGGAACCAGGAAAAAAAAACAUUUUCAUGCUUAUCAAAUUAAUAAAAAGGAUCCACAUGAGAUCAUACAGAAAAGGUUUUCUCUGAAUUGAUCUGAGAGAACCAAGAGAAGCUGAAACCAUUGGCAGGUGAAUUCAAGACCAGAAAGAGGGUACACAUUCCUUUUAUGUCUGGUGUCUUUUUUUUUUUACAUUUUUUCCCCUCCCAACUACUAGUUUUUUAUUUGGAAUGUUGUACCUCCAGGCCACGGUUUUUUUAAAUGUUUAUGUAUCCUUGUAUACAGGACCAUGCAAUCUGUGUCUGAAUAAAGAUGUAUUUAUUGUA